AUGUCGCCUGAAUCAGAUGAAAAUCAGCCGACCUCCCCGAGUAACUGUCCUAGUCCAAGCUUCAAAGGGCGGCUCAAUCUGCAGGACUUUGUCUACAAAAGCCAGGGUCUCGCCACCCGUAGUACUCGAGCAGCCCCGGUGGCCAACAGGAAGCAACCAACACCCGUCUCAGGCUCCGUCUCGCCCGCAUCAACGUCCCGGUCAAACUCAACUGGGCUUCCGAAACGGAAACAGAUCAGCGAGGAGGACUCAAGCCCUUUCGGGAAGCGCGUCAGGACGCCGUCUACCUACGCGCCACCAUCAACAUAUGCCCACCUGUCACCGCUCACGGACGCCCUCCACCCGGGCAUGUUCGUGCUCUUCAUUGGUCUCAACCCGGGCGUCGAGACGGCGCGGACCGGCCACGCCUACGCCCACCCUACCAACCUGUUCUGGCGGCUGCUGCACGGCGCCAACAUCACCACCCGCCUCUGCCGGGCUGCCGAGUACGCGUCGCUGCCGGACUUUGGCUUCACCAACAUCGUCGCCCGUCCCAGCCGCAACGGCGCCGAGCUCGCCAAGCAGGAGCUCGACGCGGGCGUGUCCAUCCUGGAGGACAAGAUCCGCACCUGGCGGCCACAGGUCGCCUGCAUCGUCGGCAAGAGCAUAUGGGAAUCGAUCUGGCGGGUUCGGCACGGCAGGGGCAUCAGGAAGGAUGAAUUCCGAUACGGCUGGCAGGAUGAGGACGAGCGCAUGGGCUGCCUGCGUCCGCAGGAUGACGCCCGAGACGUGGCCGAGGGCGUGGUCCACUCGCCGGAUUGGAAGGGAGCCAGGGUUUUUGUUGCUACGAGCACCAGCGGGCUUGCCGCUACUCCGCCGCUCAAGGAGAAGCAACGCAUAUGGCGCGAGUUGGGCGCGUGGGUAGAGGAAGAACGUGCAACCAGGCUGGCCCGGGUAGAGAAUGACGGCGGUUGA